UGUGACGCUAAGAUGCUGACAUGUGCAGUCUUUAAAGGGUUAACAGGAGGAGGCGCAGCGGCGGCGGCAGCAGCGGGCAGCUCGUCUGGGUGGAGUGAACUUCAGACAUGUACAACACAGCAAAUUAGCCCAGCGGACUGCAUUAUGGCUGAGUGCCGCUCCGGUCGACAGAAAGACGAGCUGAGAUGAGUGAUGUGAGCGAGGAGUCGCUGCUGGAUUAUUUCUACUCCACCGGAGGCGCUUCAGGCAGAGUCAGAAACGCAGACAUACUGAAGACUUUUAAGCCUUUUAUUGGCCAUAGCGACUUGCAGUUGCGUGCUAAAUACAGAGAGGAAUUCAAGCUCAUCAUUGACCGAAUCGCUGUGGUGAAGUCAGAGAAUGGGGAAAAAUAUCUGGUCCUAAAGAAGAAAUACAGACAAACGCUGCAUGAGCGGGGGACAGACGGGGAUGGACAGAGACAUUCGGGCCCAGCCAGAACUCCAGCCACCGCCCAGUGGGACGCGACGAGCACCUCGAGUCCUCCUCCCCGCCAGAAGGAUGAGCCGCUGUCAUGUGGAGAGCGGGAGGACCUGCCGACAGGAACGGCCCUCAUGCAGCACAGCGUCCUACCACAACGUCCUGCCGCCCCAGUCCAGGAAGCGUCGGCACAAAGCAGCGGGGAGGAUGAGCUGGACAAAGAUUCAGGGUCAAAGUCCGAGUCAGAGCAGGACGAGGAAGGGACGGGCAGCAUGGGCUCCGCGUCUGUCGCUCUGGAUCCUAUAGAGAAGGAAUGGAUCUACUCGGCUGCCGGCGCUCGAGUCCCUGACCUCUCUCAGCUGCUCAGACAGGACCCUUCACUGGCAAACAAGAAGGACUUCACCUCAUUUACAGCUCUGCACUGGGCUGCUAAACAUGGCAGCGAGGACAUGGCCACUCUGGUGGUGAAUGCUGGUGCUGAUGUCAACACCAAAUCACAUGGGGGAUAUACACCUUUACACAUUGCAGCCUUGCAUGGUCAUCGGCACAUCCUAGACCUGCUCAUAGGGACAUAUGGGGCCAAAGCAAACGUACGGGACUACAGCGGCCAUCUUGCCUUCCAUUAUCUGAACAUCAAAGACCCGGAGGGUCCGGAGGAAGACUGCGAGCUGCCGUUUCAAGUCACUCAGGCCAGAGAGCGCAACAGGAACAGGAAGUUGGCGUCGCUGUUUUACUCCAAGAAGAAGUGGGGCUCGGCAGAGGAGCUCGCUCCCAUAGAGGAGGAGAGGACGGCGUCACAUCAGCUCGCCCUUCCAGCGUUCAGACCCAGAAAAUUCUCCCGCUGAGGAAAAACAGACAGCGGCGACGAUUUCUGAAUGUCAGCUCUCCCACACUCGCACGGGACAGCUGACAUUCACUUAUCUUUACACACAUAACGUAAACUUACAUGUAUAUAUAGAAGGAAGUGUUAAUAUGCGUAUACCUGCGCUUACUGACACGAUCACAAACGCGUCCGAGCAGCUCAUCCAGGACGCUUUAAUUUUGUCGGCUGCGUUGCAGACGAUGCUGUGCUUAUAUGUGUGCUUUAAAUACUCGUGCCUACCAUAAAAGUAUUUUUUGAAGCUUUUAAAUUUUAAUGAAUGUUGCUAAAUGUUACUUAAGCCUUACGAUUUCAAAUGGGCUCAGGCCACGUCGCCUUCGUUUGUGUUUCACUCAACAACUUUGGACUGUAAAAGUGUCUAAAAGUGAGGCUGAAGAUGUGCUGUAUUUUUUAAUACUGUACACAAAUCCAAUUAAAACACCACCUGCGAGUGGUAGUUUGUAUAUUUUGGCCUAUUAAAAAAAUCCUUUCUUCUUAACACUAUGUUGAACAUUUGCCAGAACAGCAGCGAUUUGAUUUCCCACCUUUUACACCAAUUGAUUUAGAUUAAUGUCAGAUAUUAAAAACUAUUUGCAGAGGCACUAUAGGUGAUCCCUUAUGCUAAAAAUGUUCAUUUUGUAUUGAAUUAAUUGUUUGAAAAGUGACCUUCCUCCCUAAUAAUUUCUCUGCAGUUCCUAAUGACGAAGAAAGUCACUCAUGAUUUAAUUGCUUCUUGUUUUUACUGGGUGUCUGGUGAAAGCUGCCCUGCUUGGAUGCUCCAGCAUUAGCUGAUGUCCUUGAAUGCACCGGCAACAAACGCUCGCAACUGAUAAAUAGACAAAUCAAACAAGGAAACAAUCAGUCAAUCAUUAACCUUAAAUGUUUGUUGUGAUUAAUAGUGCGAUUUGCAGAUGGGUUGGCCUGUUACAAAGUCUUCAGUGUGUCACUUCAGAUCUGAGCCACUGCUGAGUUCACGGUUUUGACUCGGCGCUCAUUAGUUUAAGUUAAGGUUAUCGACUCUACGUGUCUGUCACGUCCCUGCAGGUUGGUGUCAGACUGCAGCUUGAUUUAGCUUUCUUCACGCCUUCCAUGUGUAUUAAAGUGUUAAAUAUUGCAAAAGAAAUUCACAUUGUGAAUCUGUGUCCCUGGUUUCAAGGGCUUUUUGUAUUGCCUCAUGCAUCUUUUUGAUUUGUUGUAAAAGAAGAGUUUUUCAGGUUAACUAAGAAAAAAAAACCUGCCUUCAUUACAUCUUUUGCACAAUAUUUAUGUAAUGAAAAAUAUUUUGGUAUUAAAUUGUUUUAUAUCAAAGC